UGCGUGUGUGUUUGCGUGUGUGUGUGUGCGCGCGCGCAAUUUCUGGGGUCUCGCAUUUAAUGUGUAACUUGAGAAGCUGAUAACAAGGAGAGAAUGAGGAGUGAGCUUUUGGUUUCUCCAGCUCUCUGGGAAAUUCGCUCCAUAUCUUUUUCCUCAUUUCUCCAAACUCGUGUGUCUCCCCUCUUUGGGAGGAGGGUGAAAAUUGUCUGAACAAGAGGGAGGAGGAAGCCCGGGCAGCCAGACUUUGCUGCUUAUUCAGCUCUGACUGCUGCACUGUGCCGGCUCCAGUUGUGGGAUGUUAACAUUUCACUUCUCCCCACUCUCACGUUAGGACUUUUUAGGCAUUUUUAUGCUCGUUUUCCCCGGAGGAGGGCUAAGGCUGUGGGAGAUACUCUCCAGCUUUGUUGGUCUGGAUCUCACACACGCUUUUCCUUUCUAACACACACACGCUGUCAGUGCUGUGGCUCGGCGCUGCACCAGGAGUGGAUUUAGAUUCACCCAUCUGAUCGGAGCACCGAGGAGGUGUAGGGAGGUAGGAGAAGGACGAUGCAGCACUAAAAUGGAGAAAACCAAAGACUGAAGGCAACACGUUUACACACACUCAUCAAAAAGGAUGGCUACAGCGGUAUUUCAGGUGUCUUCUUCUUGUGUUCCAGCAACAAACUACGAGCUGGAAGUGGAGUUAGCCGGAGCCCUGCUCUGAUUGGCAAACAGCAACACGACUCUACCACUGACUCUGUUUACUCUGCAACGCUGAUGUUUCAGCCUGCAUGUGAAACUCGGAAACCAAUACUACAGACCCUCCCACCCCCAGACCAGAGCCCACCCAUUUGGGGGUAAACCGUGAUCCAGGAAGCAUUCCUCAGGCACCAAGCAGUGACCUUACUCUCAAACAUGUAGACACCAUGGGUUCAACAAAGUCUUCAAAAAGCAUGGAGUCACGGCGCCGACCAUCAAGGAGCGCGAGUUUGCUGCAGGCCCUGGAGGAGAACUACGAGCUGGACCUGAUCUACAUCACUGAGAGGAUCAUCUCCGUCUCCUUCCCCAGCAGCGUGGAGGAGCAGAGCUAUGCUGCCAACCUGAGGGAGGUGGCCUCCAUGCUGCGCUCCAAACACGGCCACAACUACCUGCUUUUUAACCUGAGUGAAAAGCGUUAUGACAUCAGCCAACUCAACCCAAAGGUGUUGGACUUCGGCUGGCCCGACCACCACGCUCCAGCUCUGGACAGAAUUUGCAGCAUCUGUAAGGCCAUGGACACGUGGCUGAGCGCCGACAGCCACAACGUGGUGGUGAUUCAUAACAAGGGGAACCGAGGCAGAACCGGGGUGGUAGUGGCUGCCUACAUGCACUACAGCAACAUAUCAGCCAGCGCGGACCAGGCUCUGGAUCGCUUCGCCAUGAAGCGUUUCUAUGAAGACAAAGUACUUCCUGUGGGUCAGCCGUCCCAGAAAAGGUAUGUGGAGUACUUCAGCGGCUUGCUCUCCGGACACAUCAAGAUCAACAACAAACCGCUCUUCCUUCAUCACGUCAUCAUGCACGGCAUUCCCAACUUUGAGUCCAAAGGAGGUUGUCGUCCGUUCCUGAAGAUCUACCAGGCCAUGCAGCCCGUUUACACAUCUGGGAUCUAUAACGUCCAAGGAGACAGCCAGACGAGCAUCUGCAUCACCAUCGAACCGGGUCUUCUUCUGAAAGGGGACAUCCUGCUGAAGUGCUACCACAAACGCUACCGCAGCCAGUGCCGGGAUGUGAUAUUCCGAGUGCAGUUUCACACCUGUGCUAUUCAUGAUCUGGGAAUUGUCUUUGGGAAAGAUGAGCUGGAUGAGACCUUCAAUGAUGACAGGUUUCCUGAAUAUGGGAAAGUUGAGUUUGUGUUCUCAUUUGGACCUGAGAAAAUACAUGGUCAAGGUAUGAACCACCUGGAAAAUGGUCCGACCGUCUCGGUAGACUACAACACCCAAGAUCCUCUGAUCCGCUGGGACUCCUACGAAAACUUCAACCAGAGCUGUGAGGACGCCACCGACGAAGUCAACCAUACCCAGGGACCUCUGGACGGCAGCCUGUAUGCAAAGGUUCGCAAAAAGGAGUCUGGUGAGGAAACAGGGACGUCUAACGGCCUUCCGACUACUGCUGCCGAGCAUGCUCUGCCUGCGGUUGAUCACGCCCUGUCAGUGAGCAGCGACUCAGGAAACUCCACCGCCUCCAUCAAAACGGACCGGACGGAUGAAGCCACAGCAGCCCCUCAGGCCUCCUCAGUGAGCCAGACCCAUAUCGCUGUGGGUGAGGAGGUGCCAUCAGUUCGUCAUCAAGCUCUGCCUGCCCAACAACCAAUCAGUCCCAAGGAGAAGAAGGAGUUAGAGCAACUGCUGAGUGGACUGGAAGGGCCCAUGCACCGACAAGCCUACCUGUCCAGCCCAACAUCUGUUGCUGGGAUGCUUCACCUGGUCCCGGCCCAGGUCCACGUCAACGGACACAGUGGUGUUGACCGUGAGACGGACAUAUUGGACGAUGAGCUGCCUACUAGUCAAGAAGGCAACAGCGUGGAGAGUUUGGGGACGUUGUCCUCCACGGAUGGUCGAGCUACACCGGCGGAUCUCUACUACCGGUCUGAGUCACUUACCAACGGUCAGGAACACAUUCCUUAUCUGGAGCGCAGUGUCCCAGAAAAACCUCUGGAGACCAUACAGACCCAGGCUAUAAGUCCUGAUCACCUCAUCACUCUUACCAAAAGUGAUUCGGCUCCAUUCUCUGGUAACUACAUGACCACUCAGAAUGGUCUGUAUCGGUCUCAGUCUUUUGGUGCUGAGCAGACGUCCAUGCCGCCAGCUCCCGCCCGCACCACCAGCAGCAGAGAAGCUGUUCGGCGCGGCCUCAAUGUUUGGCAGAAGUUUGGGGUACCAGAGGAGCCGGUGACUGAAGGCAUCACCUUUAGUCCACCUCCAUCCGUGUCGAUGUCCAGCCACCACAGUCUGCCGCAGUUCCCCCAUCGUCACAGUGCCUCCCAACAGGAAAUUGAACAAUCGAUUGAAACUCUCAACCUUCUCAUGAUGGACCUACAACCUGGUCGUUCCCACGUGUCAAAGUCCCAAAGCGCUCCACUGAAAGAAACCAGUGUGGUAGUGACCACCCAGCCGUCCUUCUCCCAGAACCAAACCAGGCCGACCUACCAGACAGAGGCUCACGUGAACAACCACCCGCCAACAGCUCAGGUCUUCUCUGAGAAGCCGGCUUCACCAGAGCCUGUGUCCAUUCACGCAUACCAGACUUACUCCUCUGGAACACCUGGAACCAAUGGCUCCUCCGUAGGCGGUUCGAUCACACCCGUCGCUACGUUCCCACCCAGCUCCCCGCUCCGGUCUUCAGAGGUCUCUGAGCCUCGAACAGGUGCUGCCUCAGCAUCACCUCAGCAAAGAGAGGGCGACAGCGACGAAGUCUUCAAUGUGGAGGGUCUGGUGGCCCAGAGAGUGGCUGAAUUCUCAGCUCGUGUCCGAACCAUCAUCCCCAGCAUGACCUCUUCUCAGUCUGAGCGUCGUCGUUCUCACUCCCUCUCCGGUGUUCAGGCUCGCGUGGCGUCUACAGAUGAACCCGGGAUUCUUCCCCGUCGCCGCAUCACCAGCGAGGGUCACUCUGAUGAUGGCCUGUCUCCAGAUGUGCCAGUUCGGUCCCCAAUCCGCUGUGUUUCUCCAGAGUUUGUAAACGCCAUAGCGAUGAACCCUGGAGGACGGCCCAAAGAGAGAAACAUGCAUAGUUACCGGGAGGCCUUUGAGGAGAUGGAAGGAGGUCCUGUCAGUCCAACACCCACAGCUGGUGGUGAGGUGUUCCCCCAAACCCCCGCCUUCCCCGUCUCACCACAAACCCCUUACUUCAACCUGUGUCGGUCUCCUCCGGGUCUUGCCAAAACUCCUCUGUCAGCGUUGGGUUUGAAGCCGCACAACCCAGCAGAAAUCCUGCUCAACCAAACAGGCUCAGAUGAUGAGAGCAGUGAGGGUGGGGAAGCUCCGAGAAGCUAUGUCGAGUCCGUGGCAAGGUCAGCGGCGGUAGGCGGAGAGCUGCCCACAUCCCCUCGGAGUCUCAGUCCAUCAGCGGUCACCAAGAACCAGCUGAGGAGUCCAAGCCCCCCCACCCAAAUGUUAAACCCACCUCUGUCCAGCAGCAGUACCAUCCAGAACUCACAGGGGGAUCAUCUUUUUGCAGGAAGCAGCCUUUCAUCCCAAACAGCUACUGACUCUGGGUUCCAGUCCCAGCCUUCAGAGAGCGCCUACCCGGUUCACACCCCAUCAAGUCAAGACCCGAAUCCCUCCGUUUCCUCCUACCUGGACUCCAGCUCUCCAGCUUCCUCACGCCUGUGUUCUACAACACCCACACUGUCCUAUCUUGGUCCCAGCAGCCUACUGAGGAGCUACCCAGCCUCAGAUCCCAGUCCAUUGUACUCAGAGCCUUCCAAGACCUCUCUAGGACAGUUACAGUCCAGCAUCCAUAGCUCCAGCCCCAAUCCUUUAGUCCAGCAGCACUUUGGUGCUAAACAAGAUGGCUCUAUCCAGUCUGUUCAGAAAUCAACAGCUAAUGGCUUUGAGGAGAUCAUGGCCGGUCUUGGUGGCAGUCCCAUACUAGGUCGUCGUCUGUCUCAGGGAACUCGGACCAGUCCAGUCCACAGUAGACAAGCGUCUUUAGGACCGGGGUCUCAACGCAGUCCGGUCCUCAGCAGGCAGCCAUCCCUGGGUCAGCCCAUUCAGGGCAGUCCUGUUCUCAGUCGACAGCCAUCCAUCACACACACUCAAGGAAGUCCGGUGUUGGGUUGUCACCCUUCGGUAACCCAGAUGUCCCAGAGGAGCCCCAGUUUGGACCGCCACCCCAUGCAUAGUGGUUACACCACGCCAGACGAACGACACGGAAACCUGUCGAGACAGAGCAGCUCUUCUGGCUACCAGGGGCCUCCCACUCCCUCCUUCCCCAUCUCUCCUGCUUGCUACCAGGAUGGUGGAAUGAUGGGGACAGGUGUCGGUUUCAGGCAAGGUAGCCCGGCACCCGGUUUCCAGCCCCAACUACCAGAGAAGAGGCGCAUGUCCAGUGGCGACAGACCGAAUGGAGGACUGUCAUAUGGGACGCUUAACGGGAAGAUAAUGUCCCCCAUGAGUGGGGGAAGUACUCCGAGCUACUUCCACACGUUGUCUGACUUUUCACUGUUCAAUUUGCCCGAUGGAAGCCCGGAAAGCAGACUGAAUGUAAAAUUUGUUCAGGACACUUCCAAGUUCUGGUACAAACCCGAGAUCUCCAGGGAGCAGACCAUUAACCUGCUGAAAGAGCGAGAUCCAGGAGCCUUCGUUAUCCGGGACAGUCACUCGUUCAGAGGCGCGUACGGUUUAGCCAUGAAGGUGGCCUCUCCACCUCCAACCGUACAUCCCAGCAAGAAAGGUGACACCACCAACGAGCUGGUGAGGCACUUUCUGAUCGAGAGCAGUCCUAAAGGAGUGAAGCUGAAGGGUUGUCCCAACGAGCCUUAUUUUGGUUGUUUGUCAGCUCUGGUUUACCAACACGCCAUCACACCUUUGGCUCUUCCCUGUAAACUAAUCAUCCCUACUGCAGAUCUGAUGGAGGAAACACCAGAAGUCGUGGCACCAAACCCUCUGGCUGAACGGCUGAAACAAGGAGCAGCGCUGAGUGCUCCUGCGGACCCCCACGCAUGCAACGUUCUCUACGUCAACUCUGUAGAGAUGGAGUCCCUGACGGGCCCCCAGGCCGUCGCCAAAGCCAUAACUGAGACACUGGCCGCUGCUUCUCCCCCGAGCGCUACUGUCGUCCAUUUUAAAGUGUCGUCGCAGGGCGUCACGCUCACAGACAACAAGAGGAAGAUUUUCUUCCGGCGCCACUAUCCGAUGAACACAGUCACGUUCUGCGACACGGACCCUCAGGACAGGAAAUGGAGUAAACCUGAGGGAGGAACAGCCAAGCUCUUUGGGUUUGUAGCUCGUAAGCAGGGAAGCACAACAGACAACAUCAGCCACAUCUUUGCCGAGCUGGACCCAGACCAACCGGCCAGCGCCAUCGUCAACUUUGUGUCAAAGAUGAUCGCCUCGCAGACACGAUGAGAGCAAAACCCGAAAAAUUAUAACAAGAGGGCUUUCGUCAUUCUGACUUCUCACAGAAACUUUCCACUCUAGGCAGUUUAAACGUAACGGGUCACCUUUUCUGCAUUUGUGAGCUGAUGGAGGUGAGUUUGGAAUGGGCUUCAGAACGAACCAGAGGAAGUGCAGGAUGGGGGUGUAGCUGGGUGACGGGAGGGAAAAGUAGAGAACAGAAGAAAAUGAAUGACAUUGUGUGCAAAUGUAAUGUUUUUGCCUUUAUCUUGUUUAUUUUUAGAGAACAAGUCAAGUAGUCUGAUGUAAAGAUGGAGCUGUCAGGCUUUCAACCAAAGAUGAAAAAAUAUAGGCGAGUGAAUAAAGCUCUGUGGGAGGGUCAGAAGUCUUCUUUUGUAAAACAAAUAUUGCUGCUUAAUCAAAGAAAAACUGUUAGAUUCUCUCUGUACUGAUACUGUAGGCCACUUCUGCACCAUCGUGCAUGAAAGAUUUGAUGUUUUUGCAGCUUGAGACGUUUGUAAAUAGUUGCUUUUUUGAGUAGGACUGAACUAGACAGCAUGUGGCGCCUGACUUUAAUGCCUAAAUGCAAAAAUCUCCAAGAAAAACAGGACAUAUGCAAGCGUGUCUUAAAUAUGCAAACAGCUCAACUUAAGCUUAGGAUGCAGCUAUUGUUUCUCUGAACUCGACUGAGAUCAUUGGUAAAAACCCUGCAUCUGCGCAGUCAGAUUAAAGAGAAAGACUCACUUCCUGCUGGUCACCAUCCUCUGUUCCCUCUGCAGCGGCCGAUCAACCCUCUGAAGGGACGACUUCUUUGUUUUGUCAGAAAAUAAAUCCAACUUUGCAUCAUCUUACCAAACUAACACCCUUCACAAAAGUAAGCUAUACAAUUAUAGAUAAAUAUAUAAACUUCCAGACAGUGACUUAAAGUAUUUAUUUUGUUGCUUUGUUGCUCCAUUUUAUCUUGUAUACAUGUAUUAUAAAGUAUACAGCAAGCGAGAAGGUUGCUUUUAUUUUGCUGAAGAGUUUUGUCUUCAAAAAGGUGUAAGAUGUGUGCAUUUAAGUUCUUUUAUAUAUAU